AUGAUGUUUGAAGAUGUGAUGGUUGGAAAGAAAGAUAAAGAUGCCAGUGAUUUUGUUCGUUUAAUUGAAGAUAAAAAUACAUCGAUAUUGACUGACGAAUUAUUAAAUAGUGAAGUUGAAGCUGCGGAACAACUGCGACAGUCGUUGUCUGAGAACGUUAAACCUGUGCCAAGCGUGUUAACAGUGAUUUGUAUACGCUCUACAUGUGGUAUUGAUAAUAAAUCAAAAGAAUCAUGA